AUGCCUUCAUUCCUUUUCGCCUCAUCGAUUGACGAUCUGUUCCAGUCAUGGAAGAAACGUUAUGGUGGCGUUUUUACUGUUUGGAUCGGACCUAUACCAUUAGUGAUGGUCGGAGACUUACCAUCGAUAAAGAAGUAUUUCAUACAGAACGCCGAAAUCUUCAGUAAUCGAUGGCGGAAUCACGUUACUGAUACUUUUAUGGGUGGAGCCAACGGUGUCGUUCAGAUAGACGGUCCAAAAUGGCGUGAGCAGCGUCGAUUUUCAUUACAUGUGCUUCGUGAUUUUGGUGUAGGACGAGCUCAAAUGGAAAGUAAAAUUAUGGAAGAGGUAAAUGCAUUCGCUACUUUUCUACAAGAAAAUCAAGGACGAGUAACUAUCAAUAGUGCCAUUGCUGUUUGCGUCGGUAAUAUCAUCAACAACAUGCUGUUUGGUGUUCGUUUUCCACAGGGAUCUCAUGAGAUGCACCAUCUCCACGGCUUACUCGAUCAGCAGUCUCGUUUGGUCAUCAAUCCUAUCAUGGGUUUGUACAUAGCUGCACCAUGGACAACUGAGAUACCGCUGUUGAAUACGAAAUGGCUGGAGCUGAUGGGAAUCCGCGAGCAGCUAUGGAACUUCCUUCAGAAGCAGAUUGAUGUGAGUUUUGUGGUGUCGGAAGGAGUUACGCUUUUUACCGUUGGUACUCUUGACGAGCAUCGCGAGAAGUCCGCUUUGAACGACGCCAUCGAGGAUGAUUUCACAUUUACAUACAUGCGUGAGAUGGAGCGACGUCGUCAGAGUGGUGAAGACAUGGGGUACUUCGAUGAUUGGCAAAUGAAAAUGUUGCUGUUGGAUUUAUUCUUUGCUGGAAUGGAAACGACCGUGACCACGUUGAAAUGGGGUUUCCUGCUGGCUGUCCUCCAUCCGAAAGUUCAACGUCGCGUUCAAGAAGAGCUGGAUAACGAAUGUUCUGGAACUACCGUGACGCUAUCCGAUCGACCACGAUUACCGUAUACUCAGGCGACAAUUAAUGAAAUCCAGCGUAUGGCCAACAUCUUGCCGAUAAAUCUGCUUCGUACGGUCAGUGAGGAUGUAACCAUCGACGGCUAUCAUUUCCCUAAGAAUGCCCUCGUGAUACCGCAGAUAUCCAUACUGAUGAACGACGAAAACGUUUUUCCGGAACCGAAAAUGUUCCGGCCGGAACGAUUUCUCACGGACGACGGAAAAUUACGACGAAUAGACGAAUUUCUGCCGUUUUCUGUCGGAAAACGACAAUGUCUCGGUGAAUCGUUGGCCAGAGCCGAGUUGUUUUUGAUUUUCAGUAAUCUGCUGAAACGAUUUGAUUUUCGACCGCCUGAAGCCGAGAGUGGCAGUGGCGGUCUGUCGACGCAGCGAGUUCUUGGUCUUACUGUAUCGCCGCCAAAGUAUGAUUGCCUUGUGCAAUUGCGGAAACGUGAUGAAAAUCACAAUUUAGUCUAA